AUGCCUGGCCAAGAGGGUCCCAGCUUCUCUCCUGAAGAAUACCUUCCUUCCUUCAUGGAGGACCAAGAACUGGAGGAUAUAAUGCUCUUCGAGGUUGUGGAUGAUUUCUCUUCAUCCUCCUCCUCCUCUUCUUCUCCAGUCCCCAACGAUGAGGAGGAGGAUGUUUCUGUAGGAACAGCCAUUACUAUUCAGAUUCCUGAGACUGGGUUUGCCUCUUUCACUGCUAUGACAGCCACCUCAGAGAUGACAUUGGAUGAAGACCGCAGUAGCCAAGAAGAUGGGGCUAGUUCAAGUGCCUCACAGUAUCCACCAGAUAUUGAAUACUUGCCCAGAACCCCUAUUGAUGAGAAAGUGGCUAUGCUGGUGAAUUUUCUGCUGUUCAAGUAUCAAAAGAAGGAGCUGAUCACAAAAGCAGACAUGCUGAAUAUGGUCAUUCAAGAAUAUGAAGACCACUUCCCUGAGAUCCUCCUGAAAGCGUCUGAACGCAUAGAGGUGAUAUUUGGCCUUGAUGUGAAAGAAGUCGACCCUGUCGGCUAUGGCUACAUCCUCGUCAUUAAACUAGGCCUCACCUAUGAUGGGAUGCUGAGUGAAACAGAGGGCAUGCCCAAGACCGGCCUCCUGAUUCUAAUGCUAGGUGUGAUCUUCCUGAAUGGCAACCGCGCCACUGAGGAGGAAGUGUGGCAAAUGCUGAAUACGUCAGGCAUAUAUGCUGAGCAACAUCACCUGAUCUAUGGGGAUCCCAGGAAGCUCAUCAAUGAAGAGUUGGUGCAGGAAGAGUACAUCAAGUACCAGCCACUGCCUAACAGCGAUCCUGUGUGUUAUGAAUUUGUGUGGGGCCCGAGGGCCCACACUGAAGUCAGGAAGAUGGAACUCCUGGAGUUUUUCUCCAGAGUCCAUGGGGUUGACCCACAUGAUUUCCCAUCUCAAUAUGAAGAGGCCUUGAAAGAUGAAGAAGAACGUGCCCAGGCCAGAGCUGCAGCCAGCCCUGCCGCUACCGCCAUGAUGAUGGAGAGUUCCAGUGCCACCAGCAGCUGCUCCCACCACUAUUGA